AAUUUUUGGAAUCAAAAGGUAGGACUGAAAUAGUCUUGGAAUCAGACGGCAAUGGAGCUUUCCAUAUCCCAUCUCAUGCUUGACCCCUCACUAUCAAAUUAUUAAUAAUUUGCAUUCAGACAAAGAAAAUCAAUCACCAGAAUAAUUUUCCUUCCUAGUUUGCAUCAACCAAAUCAACCAGUGUACUGAAGUACAGACAGACCACCUCGGCCGUCGUCAACAACAACAAAACUUCUGAUCAUCAACUUUGAAAUGUCAUACUUGCUGCAUUAGAGUUUUAUUUACGAAAAAGUAGGAGCUCAAUGAAUCCUGGACAGCUUACUCUUCUGGCAUCCACUUUCUGUGUGAUGCUUACAAUGCAUUUUUCAGGACAGCUUCUCGCUGAGCAUCUACUCAGCUGGAAGAAGCCAAAGGAGCAAAGGGCUAUUAUUAUCAUCAUACUUAUGGCCCCCAUAUAUGCCAUUGACUCCUUUGUUGGUUUGGUAGAUUUUCAGGGGAGCAAAGCAUUUUUUAUGCUUUUGGAAUCAGUCAAGGAAUGUUACGAGGCUCUGGUGAUAGCAAAGUUCUUGGCUUUGUUAUACAGGUACUUAAACAUAUCAAUAAGCAAAAACAUAGUUCCAGAUGAGAUCAAGGGAAGGGAGAUUCAUCACUCAUUUCCAAUGACUCUUUUUCAGCCACACACUGUUCGUUUGAACCACCACACAUUAAAGCUCCUGAAGUAUUGGACAUGGCAGUUUGUUGUGAUUCGCCCUACUUGCUCCAUCUUGAUGAUAUCUCUUCAACUUCUUGGGUUGUAUUCCAGUUGGGUGAGCUGGACAUUCACAAUCAUUCUGAAUAUUUCAGUAUCACUGGCUUUGUAUUCGCUGGUGGUUUUCUAUCAUGUGUUUGCUAAAGAGUUGGCUCCACACAAACCUCUUGCCAAGUUCUUGUGCAUCAAAGGAAUCGUCUUUUUCUGCUUCUGGCAGGGAGUUGUACUUGAUAUUCUUGUAGCGUUGGGCAUAAUCCGAUCUCAUCAUUUCUGGCUUGAUGUAGAGCACAUUGAAGAAGCUUUGCAAAAUGCAUUGGUGUGCGUAGAAAUGGUCUUCUUUUCAGCUUUUCAGAAAUAUGCGUAUAGUGCUACGCCAUAUAGAGAUGAUAUUGCCGCAAUAAAUGUGAAAUUGGAUAGGAAGAAAGACUAGCAUAGAAGCCAACACCAAUCUGGUGAGAAUUUUAAUGCUUUCUUAAAGAUUGAUGCCAAUAUUAAUUGCUUCCUGUAAUGGUUGCGUGAAAGACACUGCCUGUACUUCGCCCAUUGUGAACCUGUAUCUGCAUUCUGUAUGUAGAAUCAGCAAAAUGUUUUGCUUCACAUGCAUCAACAUGUGUAAAACAAGUUGAAGAGAUCAAAGGAAAAACAAUGGGGCGGCAGUGCCAUUUGCUCCAUGUGUCCACUUUUGAGAACAAAUAGCCUAUUCUUCCAUGGACA